AGACAGAAAAAAAAAAUUGGAAACAAGAAAAAGCAUUUUCACAAACAGGAAGAAAACCUGUUUAAAAUAAGAAUGGUUAAUUGGUUUGCCUGUUGGCCACUUCUCCCUCUGAUUGUCUUUCUUGGAAAUACUCCUGUUUCACAUUCUGGGAUCAUAUCAUCAUGGUUCAACCAACAAACUGAUUCAGCUGAUGACUAUGAUGAUGAAUACAACACCGAAUAUAUACAGCCAGCAGGGGUUGAGAUCAGAUAUAGUUUCUUUGACUCUGAUUGGAUUUAUGAAUUCUUCACUCACAAUGAAAAUCCCUGUCAGACCAACCCAUGCCAGAACAAUGGAGUCUGUAAAAGAAACAGAAACAGCUACACAUGUUCCUGCCCUGAACCAUACACAGGAUCAAAGUGUGACCAUGUGAAAAAUACAUGCCAGAGAAUCAACUGCAAUCAAGGAGACUGUCUGAUUACGUUAAGAGAUCCUUAUUAUCAGUGCAGUUGUAGACACCCAUAUAAACCACCAUUAUGUGAAAAAGCAUAUUCAUCUUGUCAACCAAAUCCUUGUAAAAAUGGAGGCAUCUGUCAGAGACAUCGUUUAAGAUUCAAAUUCAGCUGCACAUGCCCUGAAGGGUUCAGAGGAAAAUUUUGUGAAGUAGGAACUGAAGAUUGCUUUGAAGAAAAUGGCCACACAUACAGAGGAAAUGUUAGCCAAACAAUCCUCCAGAAAAGAUGCCUUCACUGGAAUUCUCAUUUCCUUUUGGACAGUAGUUAUAAUGCAUUUAUGGAACAUGCUGACUAUUAUGACCUUGGUGACCAUAACUUCUGCAGGAAUCCAGAUGGUGAUGAAAAACCCUGGUGCUUUGUCAAUGUGAAUAACAAAUUGAAGUGGGACUUCUGUGAUGUCUCCCCAUGCUUGUCAACAGGAAGGUUCUCUAGGAAUAUAACAAACUCCCCCAAGAAUUCCGCAACGGACAAUACAUCCAGAACAUGUGGAAAACCAGAAAUAAUAAGACCAUUCAAGAGAAUCUAUGGAGGUGUCAAGUCAGCUCCUGGCAAGCAUCCGUGGCAAGCUUCUCUUCAAAGGAAGAUUUCAGUGGGUGUACCAAAGGGACAUUAUUGUGGAGGAGUUCUGAUUGAGCCAUGCUGGGUUCUGACUGCAGCACACUGUAUCACGACAGAAGCGCACAACCUCCAGGUGUCCCUUGGAGAACAGAAUCUCAAUAGGAAAGAGUAUCAUGAACAGAAGUUUGAUGUAGACAAGGUCAUUAAACACGGACACUAUACAGAGCGGGAUGGCAUCCCAUACAAUGAUAUUGCUUUACUGAAAUUGAAACCAACUGAUGGCCACUGUGCAGUGGAAACAAGUUACGUCAAAUCGGUGUGCUUGCCUGGUUUUACAUUUCCUGAUAACACAGAAUGUUACAUAUCAGGUUGGGGAGAAACAGAAACAAGUGAAUCAUCUCAUCAGCUGUUAGAUGCCAGAGUAAAACUGAUUUCCCAGAGGCAGUGUAAUGCACCAAAUGCAUAUAAUUACAGAUUGGUGGAUAGCAUGUUUUGUGCUGGAAGUCUUCAGAGAACAAGAGCCGAUACUUGUCAGGGCGAUUCAGGAGGUCCUCUAACAUGUGUUAAAAAUGGAACUUACUACAUUUAUGGAAUUGUGAGCUGGGGAGAUCAAUGUGGAUUAAAAAAUAAACCAGGAGUUUAUACUCGGGUGACAGAAUUUCUCAACUGGAUUAGAACAAAAAUUAAACACGAGUCCAAUUUUCACAACUAAGAAUGGUAGACAUGAAGACAAAAAGAAUGAAUCUCUGCUGCAUCAGGAUUCAACUGGACUUGUUGGGAUCCUUCUGCUGUCUUCUCCUGCAAUCACAAUAGAUUUAGAAUGUCAUCUCCUGACAAAGACUAUUGUGUCAUUCUCAUUUGUUACAAUUAUAUUGAACAAUAUCUCA